AUGGCCGUCACAGAGAGCAAGGCAAACUUCUCUUCGAGGGCGAAGGCUCUUGGAUUGGAGGAUCCAGUGCUGGUGAAGUUCGUUGACGCUGGCAUUGAUUGCAUGAGCAAGUAUGCUUUCCUGAGCUCAUACGUGCCCGGGAGCACGGAUGAGAGCCCAUUCACUGCUGCCAUCGUCAAAGUGCUUGGGCGUGACCCUUCGAUUGCGGAGCUCAGUGUGCUUCGCCGCUUGCUGCAUGAGAGCUACAACCUAACUGUGUCUGAAUUACAAUCACAGGUUGAAAGGACCGAUGACUCUGCUCCGAGAAAGCUCGCAGCGCCCGACCGGGCCGACAGGUUGCAGCGACAGCAGGUUCGGCUGAGUGGUUUGACGAUCCACGGCCCGACUCUUCCGGGUCAUGCCGUGAUCGAUAAGUGCGUUCAGAUGUAUGAGGAUAACGUGCUUCAUUACUUGCCGCCUCAGUCGUGCCCUUGCCGUGAUGAUGAGGUCAAGUUCAAGAAGGAUCGCGAUGAUAAGAUGUUGUCCGUUGAUGGUGCCGGUCAUGUGUCUCUACGCACCCAGGUUGCAAAGGUUGAUGCUGAUGUGUCCUCAGACCUUCUCCUCAAGCUGGCAUUGACCCGUCGAGGUUUGGCCCUAGACCAGGCAGGGAUAGUCACCUUUUCGGAGCACGAGCGGUGGGUGGAAGCACUUUUUACCGCGCGUUUCAGGGAUCCACCUGACAACUAUGCACGUGUGACGCUGCAGCAGCUUAUGCAGGCUGAUCGGCAGCUGUUUGUUGAAGCAGCAGAUCGCACUCGGCAUGGAAUCCAACUUGUUUCUGACGGCAAGCCAGUUGAUAAGAUUUGGAACGAGGCAAUGAAUUGCAAUAAUGUCACACACCUUUUGCAGCCUUUGGUCGCAGCCCCUCCGGCUCCUUUCAGGCCUGGCCCGUACGAUGACCGAAGGCCCUGGAAGGGCAAGGGGAAAGGCAAGGGUAAAGGAAAGAGCAAGAACAAUGUCCGUAUGCCCGCUGAGCUUGCAGACGGAGUUCCAUCCACGACUCGCGGAUUGCCAAUCUGUUUCGACUUUAACUUAGGUGUGCAAUCCAUGGACCAAACGACUGACGAGAAAGAUGCUGCGCCGAGCGGUCCAAAUGGGUUGCCUUCCGCUGAAGAAUUCGCUUCAAGUCUGAUUGGGAAGUGGAUUGAACAGGCUGAUGUUUUGAAGCUUUUCGAUUGCCUCCCGAAAGCUGCGCCGCAACGCGGCUCCGGUGGCGGCAUUUCAUUUACCACUGGGGCCUUUGCCAAGGUCAAGGUGGGACUCCGGAGCAAUGUCGCUGUUUUUCCAAAGUCCACGCAGGUGCUGGCUGCUUUUGUAAGGCAGUCUGCUCCUGCCCACAAGUUCACAACCGUCGUGCUUUUUGAUGGUGUUCGCACGGCCCCGCAUCGUGAUCAGCAGAAUUCCUUCUUGCCUAAUUUGGCCAUUCCCUUGUCCCGUUUUACUAAAGGUUCAAUUUGGGUGCAAUCCAGCAAGGGUCACCACACUCGGACUGUUGAUGGUGCAACCCUUCAAGGGGUGGCAUUGCCUGUGUCGGAUGGCCCUGUCCUGUUUGAUGCACGCAGGCAGAUGCACCUCACUGAUUCGUGGCAGGGCAGGAGGGUCAUUUUGGUUGCUUUCUCUAUUUCGGCCUUUGAUAAGCUGUCUCUCGAGGCCUCGCAACGCUUGAUUUCACUUGAUUUUGCCUUGCCAACCGAGCCAGAGGUCGAGCACUUCCGUGAGCACCCACAGCUGCCUGCUCGCCUGCCGUGGCCGCCGCGCUUCCCUCUGCUGUCGAGUGCUUCAGCAACCAAGGCUUUUACCGAGGCGUUGGUUCCCAAAGAACCACUUUUUCUUGAGCUAUGUGCCGGCACCGCCAUGCUUUCUCGCUGCUUUCGUGAAGCGGGUGUGCCUGUCAUGCCCAUUGAUCACCAGCACAACCGCCAUCGUCCGUUGGCGCAGGUCUGCAAUCUCAGCUUGACCGAGGAGUCCACUUGGGUCUUCUUGCGCAAUUUGGUGCGUGAUCAUCCUAUACUCUUCGUGCACGCUGCCCCGCCUUGUGGCACGUGCUCCGCAGCGCGCAACAUAAAGCGAAAAGGGGUGUCCGUGGCCCCGCUUCGCUCUCCUGAGCAUCCCAUGGGUUUGCCUUCGCUGACUGGUGUCAACCUUGACAAGGUCAAGGCUGCAAACAAAAUUUACGUUGGCCUAGCCCAGUUUCUUGAUUUGCUUUGCAGGUCCAACAUCCCAUGGGUCAAUUUCGACAUGUGUUGCUAUGGUGGUGCACGAUUGACCCACCGUACGCUGCUUACUUCUUGUGAUGCCAUCGAACAUUUUCGCCAGCGCUGUCCGGGUGGGCACGACCACCUUCCGUGGAAGCCACAGCGCCGCGCUGAUGGCACGAUGGUUUUUCCUACUGCGCAGGAGGCAGCCUACCCCAGGCCCUUUUGCCAACAGUUCGUGGCGCUGGUCUUUAGGCACUUGGGUCGUCCCUUGCCUGUGCAUCCUACUGCGGCCACGUCUGCCGCUGCUGCCACUUCUUCUGCUCGGCAACCUCGCGGGCGUAAACUGCCUCCUGUUAUGCCUGAGUUCAAGCGUGUGCUUGUCUACCAAGUUCAUGCUCUGCCGCCUGUUGAUUCCAAGCGGUGCAUUUUGCAACCCCUCCGCGAUGCUCCUUCUGGGUCCAAACUUCUAUCUUCGACCUCUUUACUGCUAAGCGGGGGUGGUUCUGGGUCUUCGUUGAAGUUUUCCCGGGAUGAGGUUGUGCACUCGGAUAGUUCUGGCAGUGAUGCCAGCAGUUGCGAAUCCGUGCACGGUUCCGACAGUGAUGCCUCCUGUGCGCGGACCUUGGAGCCUACUAGCGAUGCGAGAGCUUUUGAGGUUCGCCUUGGUGUGUACGCCUCUCCCGAUGAAUUUCUUGAUGGGUGCAGAAGGGUUACUCAUCCUUUCGAUCACCUGCAUGCCGCUCCUGAUCGUCUCAAACAAUGCAUUUUUGACAUGUUGGUCAAUGGGCCGACCUGGGUUGUGCAACGGAGGGCGGCCCUACUCAGGAAGUGGACGUCCUGGGCCUCCGACCUCGAAGGCGAGGAACGUGCUUUGAAGGAGGCGCUUGAUCCUCAGGUCGCCAAGGUUUUGCAAGGAAAAAGGCUAAAGCUUCUGGAGCGUAUUGCCGGCUCCCUUGGUUGGGUUGACAUGAAGGUUUUCGAUGAACUGCGCAAUGGUUUUGACUUGGUGGGCCAUCAUGAACACACUGGAGUUUUCGCUCACGAGCCCAGGCCACCUAAGUUGGCCGAAAGUGAUUUCACUAGUGCCGCACAGUUUCUGCAGCCCGCUUUACUUGGAAAGAUUCGUGCUUCUGCAUCCGAUGCGAAUGCUCCCGAGCUGUGGGACAAGACUCUUGAUGAGGUGGCUGAUGGCAUUCUUGAGGGACCGCUUUCUGCUGAGGAGUUGUUGUCUCGACACGGGCCGUGCUGGCUCCCUACUCGCCGGUUCGGCGUUGAACAGACUUCCUCCGCCGGCCGUAAACUUAGACCUGUUGAUGAUUUCACUGAGAACAAGGUCAAUUUGGCUUUCGGCUCGAUGGAUAAGCUUGAUCUUAACGCGCUUGACGAGUUGAUUGGGAUCAGUAGGUUGUGGAUUCGGGUUCUGAACGGGCCGCCCGAUUUCACAAUCCCUCUUUCAACUGGUGAAUCCUUGAGUGGUCGUCUGCAUGACGGCUGGAAGAAGGUGGGGUGCGAGCCUCUCCUCACUACCUUGGACCUCCGAGCGGCUUAUAAGCAAUUUGCGGUUUCUGCGAAGUCGCGGGCCCUGGCAAUAAUCGCAUUGCUUGACCCUUCUACUGCUGAGCCUGGACUCUUUGAGUCGAAGGCCCUACCUUUCGGGAGUUCCGCUUCGGUGCUUCACUUCAAUCGCCUUGCGCGCCUAUUCUGGCGCAUCGGCGUGGAGCUGUGCGUGCCUUGGUGCAACUUUUACGAUGACUUCCCUGUCAUGUCUCCGAGUGGCAUUGCUGACAACACCAUGGAGACCAUGAUUGCCCUGUGUAACCUGUUGGGGUUUAGGUUCGCCUCUGAUAAGCUGUCACCCUUUAAGGCCCAAGCCACGAUGCUUGGAGUGGAGGUUGAUUGCUCUCGCUUUUCUGAAGGCCUGGUCCUAGUCAGGAACAAGCCUGGCCGGGCCGAAGAGCUCAUUGCCUCUCUUGACGAAGUCCUUGAGGAAGGUUUGAUUUCUCGGAAGCGGUAUCUAAGCUUAAUGGGUCGCCUGCAUUACACCGACUCGUACAUCCUUGGCAAGGCUGGACGGCUCUUCAUGGCCGAGGUCAGGUCGUGGGCAAAGUCGCAUUCUGGACCUGAGUUGAAGCUUGAUGAGUGUGUUCGGAGCUCUCUUGAGCGGUUGCUGAAACGACUUCGUUGUGGCACUCCUCGCCAUGUCCCUUGCUCUGUCGCCGAUCACGUUGUGCACAUUUACACCGAUGGAGCGAGCGAAGGUAGCUCUCACACCGUGGGCGGGGUGUUGAUGAUUCAGAAUCAGGUUCACGCUUACUUUGGUUGCUCUGUCCCUGAUGUCCUAGUCUCGUGUUGGGCUGACUCCAUGAGUCACUUCAUUGGACCCAUUGAGGCCUAUGCCGUUGCCGUCGCGAGGAAGGCUUGGCACCAAUUCAUCGCGGGACACAGAUGUAUUUUCUACAUAGACAAUGUGCCAGCGCAAGACGCCUUUAUCAAAGGCACCUCUGUAAAUCAUCAUGUCAGGGACAUCUUGUUGUCUUUCGAGGCGGCCGAAGAGCUCAGUGCUUCUUGGUCUUGGUUCGCCCGUGUAGCCAGCCAGAGCAAUGUGGCGAUGCUGGCUGCAUAUGCCAAGCAGUGGGUGCAGGAUCACCCUUUUACUAGUCUCAUGCUCUUCGCAGAUGUGCAAGCGCCCCUGCAUGCCGAUCGGAACAAUGCAGCGGGUGUAGACAAUUUUCUAAUCGGUUUGACUGGCUUUGAUCAUGGAGAGCUCUGGGUCGAAUCGUCCUCAGGUUCUCAGGUCUGCCCUGAUCCAGCCUAUCCCGGCUGCGGUGAGCUGCUUCCAGUCUCACGCACUUGUGCGUUUUUCGACGCUCAUGCAAAACAUGCUACCUGCCCAUGGACGGGUCACCGAGUUGUUCUUGCAGGCUUCACUGUCAAAGGAUACGAUGCUUUCGGUCAGGCCUUGCGUGCUGAGCUGACAAGUCUCGGCUUCCAGAUACCGCAGUUAGCUGCCGCCUUGCCACUUCUAGCCGACCUCUUGACACCCGAAGGUCGUGAGCUCUGUCGCUUCUGGCUGCAGAGCCCUCUGCUGGUGGCCGUUUUCGCUUCACCACCCUGCGAUGCAUCCUCGCAUGACGCCUUGUACCAAUUCCUGAGUGAUGUUGUUGAGGAGUGUCAGCGCCGACGUGUGCUCUGCGCCAUUGAAAACCCUCAGCGCAGUUCCUACUGGGACACAUCUGCCUUCCGUCGCAUUCAGCAUCUUUGUGCACACUCUGUCAGCUUUGACCAAUGUGCUUUCGGUGGCUCCCAGCCAAAGCGAACUACCAUUGUCAGCACGUCACCGUGCUUUGCAUCCUUGGCAAAAGACUGCCCAGGUAAAGCCUGUGCGGCGCAACAUGCAGCUGAUCAGGAGACCGCCUACCCGCCCAAGCUGGCUGCUUCCAUUGCCCACGCACUCGCACGUUGUCGUCAUGACCGGACCGUCGUCAGUCUCCCUGCCCUGUGA